UCCGGCUCCACCGGUUCGCCAUCUCUCCCCCUCUCUCGCAUCGCUACCUCCGCCGGCGUCGCUCCCAUCUCCGACCCCCCGGUGCGGCGGCGCUGCCCAGCCUCUGUCGCGCGCCGCUGUAGGCCUCGCCGCGGGAGAUAGAGUCAGCGCACGGCCUCAUCGCUUCUCCUUGGCUACCACGACCUAGCUCGCCGUCGGUCAGCACCAACAACCCCACCUCGUAGACGGACUAGAAUCUCCACGCGCGGCCCCGCCAUGGGCGCGGAGGUCACCCAGGUCAGCGCCUUCACCGCCGUGCUCGCCCACGCGCUCUGCCUCGCGGGCCUCGCGGCCGCCCACUCCCUCGCCGGCCGCGGCGCGCUCCUCUCCGACCCCGCCCACGCCCUCCGCCUCCUCGUGGUCUGUGAGGCGCCGCUUGUCAUCGUGGUGUUCAGUCUGCUCCGGCGAGAUCCCAAACGCUGCUCGUUCCUUAAGGCCGCUGCACGGGGAUUGCUUGGCUUGCCCAUAGGGGCAUUCCUAAAUGCAUUUGGUGCAAUUGUUCUUGGCGCGCCUGUUGGAAUCAAGUACUGGAUAGCGACAACCUAUUGGUCAUGUCUUAUGUCCCUGUUCACUUUUGUUCCAGCAGCAUGUGUCUUUGGAGCAUCCAAAGUGGAUUGGCAGAAUGUGCUUUCUCAUUCUAUUUAUGGCACAUCAUCCAAUGUUGCGGACUACAUGAUCUCUGCGCCUUCUCAUGGAGCUGUAAUAGGAGCAUGGCUUGGUGCUUGGCCUAUGCCCCUUGACUGGGAGAGGCCUUGGCAGGAAUGGCCAAUAUGUGUCACUUAUGGUGCAAUUGCUGGGCAUGUGAUUGGCAUGCUAGUAUCACUGAUCCUCAUAGUUGCUCACAAGAGAAGAGUUCGUGUCAAAGCUGACUAGCCUAUGGAUGAUGAAUACCUUUUUUCCUUUAAUGAUUUACGCAGGUUAUACUAUAGAUUGUUUCUUCCCAAAAAGCAAUGUACUUUUGGUUAGAUUUCCAGUUGAGUCAAAGUACUGGUGCCUUCCAGUAGCUUGACAUGUGUAUUACAUUAGUGGCACUCAUUUACCUUUUGGGGGCUAAAGAUUAUUUUCUUCAGAGCUAUUUCUUAUGUUA